AUGGAGUGGCAGGCUCGACAAGACUUGGAUUUGCUCAUGAAGACAUCUCUUGACAUGUGUUCACUUUUGCAACUCCAGGUCGACGGCUCUCCCACCCUGGCAGAGAAAAGUGUUAAAGAGUCAGUACUGGAUAUGGACUGCAGAAAGAGAAAGAAGCCUAGUUCGAAGCUCGAUAUGGAAAAGCACAGGCUCAGUAUUGAUGUUUGCCCUCCUUUGAAGCCUAGGUCCCGGAAGAGAACGGGAUAUUUGAACGUGAAUGUGAAUCAGGGCAGAUCGUGUAAUUGUAGCUGCUCGAGGGGAAGGAGUUUUGCCGACAGCGAUAGAGCCCAAUGA